GUCCUGGUCCUCUGCUGCUGUGGAGGGUCCUGUGAGCUGCAGGAGUCCAAACCUUCGUCUCCACCAGGUCUGAAGCCGUUCCAGAAUGAGAUCCAGCCCCAGGCGUACCCUGAGGAGUCCCGGGCCAGCCUGCCGGUCUUCACCAUGGACUACCCCCGGAUCCAGGUCCCCUUCGAGUUCACGCUCUGGGUGCUGCUCGCCUCCUUCGCCAAGAUCGGUUUCCACAUCUACCAUAAGAUCACCAUCUGGAUCCCCGAGUCCUGCCUGCUGAUCGCCAUCGGGCUGAUCGUGGGCGCCAUCAUGCACGCGGUGAAGGAGGAGCCUCCGGCGGUGCUGAACUCCAACGUGUUCUUCCUGUACAUGCUGCCGCCCAUCGUCCUGGACAACGGCUACUUCAUGCCCACGCGGCCCUUCUUCGAGAACUGUGGCACGGUGCUGUGGUACGCCGUGGUCGGCACGCUCUGGAACAGCGUCGGCAUCGGACUCUCGCUCUUCGCCGUCUGCCAGAUAGAGGCCUUCGGCGUCCAGGACAUCAACCUGCAGGAGAACCUUCUGUUUGCGUCGAUCAUCUCGGCCGUGGACCCCGUCGCUGCUCUCAACGUGUUCGAGGACAUCGGCGUCAACGAGCAGCUUUACAUCGUCAUCUUCGGAGAAGGACUCUUCAACGACGCCGUCACCGUGGUGCUCUACAACAUGUUUUCAUUCCUGGCCGACAUGCCGGUGGUCGAGUCCUCCGACGUGUUUCUGGGCGUGGCCAGGUUCUUCGUGGUGGCGGCGGGCGGCCUCCUCUUCGGCCUCCUCUUCGGCUUCGUGGCGGCGUUCACCACCAGAUUCACCCACAACGUUCGACCCAUCGAGCCGCUCUUCGUCUUCAUGUACAGCUACCUGGCCUACCUGGUGGCAGAGUGCUUCUCCAUCUCCAGCGUGCUGGCCAUCAUAACGUGCGCCAUCACCAUGAAGUACUACGUGGAGGAGAACGUGUCCCAGAGGUCCUGCACCACCAUCCGCCACGUGGUCAAGAUGCUCGCCACCAUCUCCGAGACGCUCAUCUUCUUCUUCCUGGGCGUCAGCACGGUGACCAUCGAGCACGAGUGGAACUGGGCCUACAUCCUGUUUACGCUGCUGUUCGCCUUCGUCUGGAGGGGGAUUGGCAUCCUGGUUCUGACCCAGAUCAUCAACCCGUUCAGGACCAUCCACUUUAACUUCAAGGACCAGUUCGGGCUGGCCUACGGGGGCCUGCGGGGCGCCAUCUGCUUCGCUCUGGUCUUCACGCUGCCCGACACCAUCAACAGGAAGAACCUGUUCGUCACGGCCUCCAUCGCCGUUAUUAUCUUCACCGUCUUCCUCCAGGGCAUCAGCAUCCGUCCCAUCAUCGAGUAUAUCAACAUCCGUAAAACCAACAAAGACCUGAACACCAUCAACGAGGAGGUUCACACCAGGAUGAUGGAGCAUGUUGUCUCUGGUAUUGAGGACUUGUGUGGACAGUGGAGUCACUAUUACUGGAAGGACAAAUUUAAGAAGUUCAACGACCGUGUUCUGAGGCGGAUCCUGGUCCGGGACAACCGGGCCGAGUCCAGCAUCGUGUCUCUGUACAAGAAGCUGGAGCUGCAGAGCGCCAUCGGGCUGCUGGACACGCCGAUGGGAGACCUGAGCGCCGCGCCGUCCAUCGUCUCGCUGUACGACGAGAGGAAGGAGGCGUCUCGGCCCAAGAAGAAGUUUCUGGCUGCUGACGUGAGGAAGAUGCACGACAUCCUGUCCAAGAACAUGUACAAGAUCAGACAGAAGACGAUGGGUUACACCAACAAAUACAAUCUGCCCGACGACAGCCGGACCAGAGAGAUUCUGAUUCGCCGACACGCCAGCAUCAGACGUAGUCUCCGCCCCCAGAGCUCCAGAGAGCAGCCUGGAGAGAACGUUCCCCGGUCCCAGAGGUACUGGUCCCUGCAGCCUGGAGGAGAUCUGGAGUCGGCCUUCGUCCUCCGGAGACGAAGUCACGGUGGGAGUGACGACCUGGACUCGGCCCACGGGGCGUCCCCUCGCUCCUCGUCCCGGUCUCUGGUCCCCAUGAGGAGGCUGGACACCAUCCAGGAGUCCAGAGGAGCCCCCCGCCCACACUCUGAUGUUCUGGACCAGGGUCCUGGGAGCCUCAGGGGCCGGAGGGCCCCAGCUCCGGCUCCUCGGAGGAGCGUCCCUGAUCAGGUAGACGGAGACCCUACAGGAGACCAGGAGGAACCGGUGAGACCUCCCCAGCUGCCUCCACCCCGAGGCUGGGUACCGGAGAACCAGGGGGACACAGGAGACCCUCUGCUCAGACCGGCUCCGGGCUCUCAGGGGCCUCGGGGCUCUCAGGGAUCUCGGGGGUCCGGGAGAUCCUGAUAACUGCUGAAAUGACAGACAGUCUUUUAUAAAUCUAACUUGAGGUUUAACUCAGAGACGUUAUUUCUACCUCCUGAAGUCUUUCUGUUUUAUAAAAACUGUAUUCUGACGAACAAGUCCCGUUCCUGAGCGCCGUUCAUACAGACACACCAUGGUUAUUUGUUUGUUUAUUUGUUUAUGUUUAUGUGUUUAUGCUUGUUUGUUUGCUUCUGUUGGCACGGACCAAUAAAAAGGAGCCAGCUGCUUCAAUGACUAA